AUGGAUAGCGCGUAUAGAAAGAUAGACAUCGAUUUAUAUGAUCAAGAUGCAUUAAAAGAAGAUGAACUAUAUGAACAUGAUCCACGUUCUGCAGAAGAAAUGUUAUCUGAUGCUCAAUCUAAAACUCAACAAGCUAGAUCCCUCUUAGCUCGUGCCGAUGUACCUGCAGUUCUACAACUCUUACUAACCUCACCACCUUACGGACCGCCCUCUCCAACCCUUCAAAAAGCUCAAUCUCUAAUCCUUUCAACAAUCAUUGAAACUUUAUCGACUACUCGUACUUCUGAUAUACCUUCGAUUUUGUCUAAUUUGAAUUCAGAUCAGUUAGAUUGGUUAAUGAAAUAUAUUUAUAAAUCUAUGUCUUUAAUCACGAUGGAUUCGAAUACUCCUUCUGCUGUACUUUUGAAUUGGCACGAAAAGCUUACUGAAUUAAGUGGAACAGGUUCGAUUGUUAGAGUCAUGACUGAUAGAAGAAGAGCUUAA